CCCAGGGUAAGAAGAUACAGAGAACAGGUUUGCACCAGCAAGAAUGAAGUGCAUGGUGGUUCUGUUGGCGUGUGCAGCUGCUGGGUUGGCACAGUCAUGUGCCCCCCAGCCAGGAGCACAAAAUCUGGCAAAAUCCGGUGCCGUCAGGCAAAGCUCCAUCUAUUCGGCCCUUUACCCAGCUGAAAAGGCAAUUGAUGGCAUAAAAGAGACAAAUUCAUUUACACGCCCUUGUGCCAUUACUGCAUAUGAGAAAGGAGCAUGGUGGCAGGUGGAUCUGAGGAAUUCCUACAAAGUUGGUUCUGUGGUCAUAGUGAACAGAGGAGACUGUUGCAGUGACCGGCUGAAAGGAGCUGAGAUUCGUGUUGGAAACUCGGCAAAUAAUAACAACCAAGUAUGUGCCACCAUCACCAACAUCUCCCAAACCACCAUCACUGUAUGCUGUAACGGGAUGGAGGGUCGCUAUCUGAGCAUUGUUAUUCCCGGGCGGAAUGAAUAUCUCCAACUCUGUGAAGUGGAAGUUUAUGGGGAAGAAUCUAAAAAUGAAGGACAAAAGCUUUGUUGGUAGCCACACGUUACAUUAGUGAGGGGUCUCCAGCAGAAAUCAAGAGAAAAUAAAUAUAAUAUAUCUGUAGUGUUUGGUGUGUUGGUGAAAAUGUGCUGC